CUCACUGUCCAUGCGAGGGCUCAAACAUGCGAUUCUCCGCCACCUGGGUCCAACAUACAUGACUCUCGUCUUAAUCAAGACCAGGCACAUGAAAUUGCAUCGAUGACGAAGCUGCGAGCUGAGUCUCAAUCGGAGUUCUGGUUCAGGAUCUGGGAAGUUGCCUUUCCUGACGAACCGAGACCUUUGUCGCCCUACAGAGACGACGUCCAAAGGCUUGCUUACAGGCAACAAGUAGAGCCCAGAAUGGCCGAAACAACAUGGCGAAUCGGGAGACAGCACGGGGUAGAGGAUCAUGUCAUCGAACAGUUGGUGCGAGGGAUCACUGACAGCUUUAAUGCGGUCCAGACAACGUCGCAUUCUCCAGUUGAGCACUUCGACCCUUCGCCCAAUGCCCCCGGAAUUCACGAGCAACCAGCCUCUUCUUCAUCACAACAACUAAGGCCGGCCUCUCCUUCUCUCUUGGCCCAAAGUCAGGCGUUGGUCGUCAGCACUGCGUCUAUCACAAACCCCAUUCUUUCCCAUACGCAAGCAUCGAUGACACCAAAUCCAGUUAACGUUGGUGAAUUGCACCCUCACCCGACUUCGAGCACUCUGCACAAUACAUUUCGCCCCAAUUCACAGAGACCAUAUUCCCAAGCUCUCACAGCAAACAACUCGGCAUUACCGGCACAGAAUAGAGUUAUUGCUCCAUCAAUCUUAAAUUCCCCGGCUUAUCCGUACCCAUCCGUACCUUAUAUGAACGAGCAGUCUCCCUUCUCAAUGAAUACCGCAUUCACCGCGAACUAUCUUCUUCAACACCCAUACGGCAGCAGUCAUGGUUUAUCAAAUGAGUAUUUUUCAGGACAAGGGCCCGGCAACAACUCCGCGGUUUCUGAUGACACUUGGGUGUUGGCAGGGCUUGGGGAUGAUCUUGCGUCAUUUACCAACAUGCCUGGUAAUGAUGCAGUGCAAACCACAAGCAAUCUCCUUCCGCCAGAACUAAGGCAUUGCGAAUGCGAAACUGGAUCAACGUGCCCGCGACAUUCGGGCUAGGACCUGAUCUUUGGCAUCUUGUUUUUUUCCCUUUUCUUUUGCUUUCAUAGUGCUUUCACUGCUGGCCUCAAGUUCAAAGGUGGUAAAAUUGAUCGGGAAAGGCUACGGGGGAGUUGGUCAGGUUUUCAAAGGUGCACUGGCGUUGCAAUUCCUUCAUGAGGCUCAGGACUGGAGUCAGGAACGAACUUCGGACCUUUAUAGAA